GUGUGGAUGUGUUCAGCACUGAUGGGCUAAAGCAGUGGUUCAAGGUGAAACUCAGCAUCAGGAGCUAUGGGUGAAGCCAGCCUGGAACCAGGAACUGGCAGAGCCCCAGAAUCCUUUGUUAGGCAAGGCCAAACUGGGAUGGAAGGUAAGCUGGGCACUUCCCUCCCUGGCUGGGAAUGACCCGCUCGGGGGAGAAGUGUGCAGGGCCCUGGACCAGCCCCGGAAGACAUGGGGGAAUUGGCCAGCUCUUUGAGGAAGAAUUCUGAUCAAGAGCGCCCUGACGGGGUUCCACGGGGGGAGCCUUUAGAACCUGGUGACGCAUAAAGGCAUCACAAUCUCCCAUCGGGUGUCACAGAGCCGCAGCAGAGUCUUGUACAAAUCCAGGUUGGGAUGAGAGAGCGCAGUCUGGUGGCCCUGAGCCUUCUGCUGUCUCUCUCUCGGGGCACAAGGGUUUUUUUCGGGAGCUUGGUGAGACGUGAUCCCAAGGGGCCACGAUGAGGUUCAAGAGGAAAAGAGACCUUAAGGAGCAAAUCUGUGAGCUACAGGGAAUCAUUCACAUCCAAGAACAAGGGAAGAAGCUCUUCACUCAAGGAAGUGAGGAGACGGAGCGCAGAAACAGGAAGCUGAUCGGCUUCCUGCGCACCACCCUGCGGGAAGAGAUGCAGGAGCUGAAUCUUGGGCUGAAGCACGAUCGCGUCACCAUCAGCAGAGCCUGCCGAGAGAAGAACGCUUUCGCCAGAUGUACUGUGGAGCAAGCCCGAGAGGCCCUGAGCAACCGGGUCUUUGAUCGGAUGAACACCCACAAUCUCCUGUUGUAUGAAGUCAAGCGCCGGGGGAAACACCUGGAAGAGCUCCAGAUGACACUGCAGGACCUCAGGGACUUGGAAACGGCCAGUCCUGAGGCCCAGGUCCAGCUCCAGACAAUCCGUCAGCUGGAGAAUAACAUUGAGAAGAUGCACGUGAGCAUUGUGACUGCAGAAAAGGUCUACAUCCUGUAUGUGAAGAUGCUGGACCUCCUGAGGGAUGAGCUUUCCCACUUUCCUUUCGUCCUGGAUGACUUGGAGCGCCGGGUGAGCAUCACUAAGAUGGAACUGAAGGGGAUGGACUUGAUGGCCAUGGAUAUGUUGGAAGCCAUGGAAGCCGCCAAGGCAGACAUGACCAACACAGAAAGUGAGUUAAUUGCUGAGAAAAAAUUCAGGGAAAAUGCGCUUAGCGUCCAGAAGAAACAGAUAGAACGGAUCCGCACAAAGGAUGCCAGCGAGAGGCACCGGCGGAUGCAAGCCCGGCGAGACAUGGACUUCCCUGCCCUGAUGGGCCGCGAAGGAAUGAGGGGGGCAAAGCUGGAGGCUUCCAAGGCCCAGAUUGAGCACCAGACCCUGGUGACCUCCGAGGUGGAGAAGAUCAAAAGUGCCGUGCAGUGCUCCCAUCUCUGGGAUAUCACUGGGCGCUUCAUGGCCCAGAAGAAGUCUGAGGAGGACCUGCGGCAGCAGAUUGCCGAAUCAGAGAAGAAGCGACGGGACCUCAAGGCCCAGCUGAGGGCCCUGGAGCUGGAGCGAGCUGAGCUGAAAUUCCACCAGUCCCUGGGCUUCCUCAGCUCAAAGAAGCUAGAAGAGACUCUGCAGAAGAACCUGGAGGAGGAGGAGAAAAGGCUUCUGCAGGUCCGCGGCCAGGCCUCCAGAAACCAGGAGCUUCUCCUCCACUUUCAGAACGGGGUCGACAACCUGAUCAUGAGGCUGUGCGACAUCACUGUCCCUGGGCAGGAGUUCCCCAGGAUGGAGGACAUCUUCGAGAAGCUGCACUUCUGUGAAGCGAAACUUCUGCUCUUGAGCCGAAAGAUUCUCAAUUUGCCCUUGUACAACUUCAGCCAGGAGGAGAGCAACGAGACGUUUGUCGACCUCAGGAAUUUCCUAGAGGAGAGCACUAGAGACGAGCCCCAGAACCUGAGGAUCGCCUUUGAUGAGGACGAAGAGGAUGUCAGAGAAGCAUUUACCUUUGGGGACAUUGACCACAGCUACGUGCCCAACCGGGAGGAGAUCAAGAGGCAGGGCUUGAAGCUCAUUGAAGAAAAGACCAAGGUGGUGAAGAAAAAGCAAAGAGGGGGCAAAAAAUGAGACUUCCAAAAACUUCGCUACCCUUGUUUCUUGGAUGUGGAGAUUUGACUCUACCGUUUUUUUUAAUCUGUAUUUGUUUAAAAUUAUAUUGAACCUGCCUUUAAGCAUACCCCCUACUGAAUGUGCAAAAGAGAAGUCCUCCAGGACUUCACAAAUUGAGAAUGAAGAC